CCGAAUGUUUGUUCCGUUUUGCGAAAUAAAAUUAUAAAAAAAAACGAAAACGCGAUUUCGACUCGCGCCUGCCAUCUUACUCGGGGCCAGGUCCGUCAACAACAGCGGACGACGUCGUCGUCGUCAGACACAAACAUCUAAAAGCCAACAAACACAGACAGCAAACACAGCCAAGGCGUCGUCUUCGUCGUUGUAAAGUCGAUUAGACGUUCCAAACCCACCCCCUCCACCCUCAGUAAGGUGGCGGCCCCACGUGCUACGUUUUGCGAUGGGACUUUGUGGGAUGAACGUUGAGAUUUGAAGAGGUAAUAAGGCGGGCAGUGAUUAGCGUCGUGAUUAAAUGUAUUUUAUUUUAUACACCUACGUGACUUUACCACCGAAAGAACCAAAGGGUAUGGAUCAUUGCAGCCACGAAAACGUCAAAUCUAGAAUGAUAAAGGGGUUGACAGGACACCUUUUUGUGGAUGAAUAAUUGAUGUGAUUUUGGCUGAGGACAAAAGACAAUGAUCAAGGCUAAAUCUACUCCAGACAAAAGUGUCUCCCGGCUUAACAGCCUGCUGGCUCAACUGGACGAGGGCCUGACCUCAAGUGGUCGCGGUGAUAUGGAGCAGGCACGCAGCGUCAGCUGCAAGCUUCUGCAACUGGUGCAGACACAAGAAAAAACCCGAAAAGAAAUGGCUGGCAAGGGCUGCAGUGGAAUGGACGUAAUGCUGUCAACAUUGGAGAAUUCAAAGGACCACCAGGUCACAAUGGACAUCUUGAAUAUCUUGUUGGAGUUGCUUUCAGCUGGCAGCGGAGGUCGUGUGAGCAAUCUGGUGUGUAAGGGUGGCUCUCAGAUUCUACUUCAGACGCUGGUGAGGGCUGCCAAGGAUAGUCCCACCAAUGAUGAGCUGAUGCUGGUCAUUCACUCUCUGCUUGCCAAAGUGGGACCAAAAGAUGCUAAGUUCGCAACAAAAGCCAGACUGUGCGGUGCGUUGCCAGUAACGCUGACGCUUGUCAAACAGAAUCUGCACAAUCAACGCCUGCUCCUGCCCUGCAUGCACACCAUCAAGGCCUACUCUGCCAGCAUUGUGAAUGCUGUCUCGCUUGGGAGAAAUGGUGCGGUGGAACUGCUUUUCAAAAUCGUCGGCCCAUUCAGCAAAAGACAAAGCACUUUCAUCAAGAUCACCUUGGAUACCCUUGCAACAUUACUAAAAUCAAAAACGAAUGCAAGAAGAGCGGUAGACCGGGGGAACAUUGUCUUCCUGCUCAACGUGUACCAAGACUGGCACCGUCACGACGCUCGCCACAGCCAUGUGCCUGUACGUCGCGGCUUGCUCACCUGCCUCAAGCAGAUCACCGCCAUCAAGCACGGCCGAAGGGCCUUCCUGGAGGCUGACGGCAUGAAGAUUUUCUACACCACCUCACAGGAGUGCCUUACCAGCCGAGGACUGGACCUGCUGGUGAACUUGUCUACCAUGAUCAUGCGAAAGUGCUGCCCCAAGAACCGCUUGCCUCUGCCCACCAUCCGAAGCGUUCACCACUUCCCGCUGCCUGUCAUACCCACCACGGGCCCAGUGGCACAGCUCUACAACUUACCCCCCGGAGUGGAUGACGUGGCCGAUGAAAGUGACGAUAACCUUGAACAAGAUUCCGAGCAGGAGAAUGAAAAUGAAGAGGAAGAUGACUUUUUAGAGAAGGAUCCUGACAUUGAGACCGAUCUGGACAAGUUAAAGAUGAAGCCUACGCUUGAUCGCUCAGAAGAGGCACUCAAAAUGUACGAGCAGUUUUUCCCAGAGCUCUUGGACAGUUUUUCGGACACAUUUUCCAAAGUAAAUGAAAAUAUAAAUCACCAAAGUGCAAAGAACAUGCCCAGCCCCAUUGUAAUACCAACAGCAAGCAGCAACGACAAGUGCAGUAGCUCAACAGGUAAGGGGCUGCCCAUUCAGAACAGCGUGGCAUCACCUCUCAUUGAUGGCGACGACUCAACGCAGAAGCCUCGUUCUGAACCCGGAGCCCAGAAAAUGGCAAAAGGCAACAGCUUCAAAGAUCCGCAGGGUUGUGGGCACAGUGCCGAUUCUCGCGAUUUCGUCAUCGGAUUCAGAGGCUUGUGCUUGGAGGUGUCAGAACAGUCGCUAAUCUGCGGGUGCUUGAACGCAAAGGUGUGCAUUCACGUAGACGCAAGCAGGUUCGGCGAUUUGAAAAAGAACACGCCGGAGCUGAGCGUGAAGGAAGCCAAACGGUUGGAGGGUGCCAACUGGUGUCAAAAGCUAGCUGCAUCCAAGAAGGCCCAGGCAAAUGUAAAAUGUACUGGCGGAGCCCCGACCUCAGCGUCUGUCCAGCGGGAUCUGAAGGAGAAGAUGAUGGGUGGUAAGGAGUCGAGGGACAAGCUGGACCCUUCACACGACAACGAACUUUACUCGCUGCUAGCCAGCAAUACCAAAUCUGUGGCGGGGUUCAGCAAAAUGGCCUUUCCCGACUACUAUGGACAUAUACCCCCUCUGUACAGGGAGCCAUCGGUGGAGAGGGAAUAUGGCGUUCAGAGGUCCAAGAUAUUUCAAGACAUUGAGCGAUUGAUUCGCCCUGGUGAUAUUAUAGAUCGAGUGGUGUAUGACCUUGAUAUGCCCAGCUUGGUCUCAGAAGAUGGAGAUUGCCUGAAAUUUUGCUCAGAAUUUGAGUCUGGAAAUCUUCGAAAAGCCAUUCAUAUUCGCAGAUAUGAGUAUGACCUGAUUCUGGACUCGGACAUUAACAGCAACCGGCACCAUCAGUGGUUCUAUUUUGAAGUGAGUGGAAUGGAAAGCGGAGUGCCUUACCGCUUCAAUAUCGUGAACUGCGAGAAGGUCAACAGCCAGUUCAACUAUGGUAUGCAGCCUGUCAUGUAUUCAGUACGGGAGGCAAUGGCAGGGCGACCUCACUGGACACGGGCCGGCACAGACAUCUGCUACUACAAGAACAGCUUCUCGCGCAGCUCGGCAGCAGCUGGCGGACAGCGCGGCAAAUCCUACUACACUCUGACCUUCACGGUGACCUUCUUUCACAAGGAUGACGCCUGCUACUUUGCCUACCACUUCCCUUACACAUACACUAGCCUAAUGGCUCACCUGCAGGGCCUGGGGGCAGCUUGUGACCAGCGACAGAUAUACUUUAAGCAGCAGACGUUGUGCCAAAGCAUGGGCGGAAACGGGUGCCCUGUGGUCACCAUCACAGCCGCCCCACAAUCCACCGGCUGGCAGGACAUCUACAGGCUCCGGAAUCGGCCGUAUAUUUUCCUCACCUCGCGGGUGCAUCCCGGCGAGAGCAACUCCAGCUGGGUGAUGAAAGGCUCGCUGGAGUUCCUCAUGAGUGAUGACCCCCUGGCCCAGAGCCUGCGCGAAUCGUACAUCUUCAAAAUUGUCCCCAUGCUCAACGCUGACGGGGUCAUCAAUGGGAGCUACCGCUGCUCUCUGGGUGGAGAGGAUCUCAAUCGACAGUGGUCCAGCCCAGACCCCGAGCUGCAUCCGACCAUCUUUCACACGAAAGGGCUCCUGCAGUACUUGGCUAGCAUAGCCCACACUCCGCUGGUUUACUGUGACUACCAUGGCCACUCGAGGAAGAAGAAUGUCUUCUUGUAUGGCUGCAGCAUGAAGGAGACCAUCUGGCAAACUGCUGCUGAGGCCAAAGCAUCUUCUGUCUACGAGGAUUUAAGCUACAGGACCUUGCCGAGGAUCCUGCACCAGAUUGCGCCCGCGUUCUGCCUGAGCAGCUGCAACUUCGUGGUGGAGAAGUCCAAGGCAUCCACGGCGCGGGUCGUGGUGUGGAGGGACAUCGGUGUGCUGCGUAGCUACACAAUGGAGAGCACCUAUUGUGGCUGUGACCAGGGCAUCUACAAGGGAAGCCAGAUGGGUUCCCAGGAGCUGGAAGAGAUGGGAGCCAAGUUCUGCGUGGCUCUGCUUCGUCUCAAGAGCUCUCUCGCCCCGGCUGAGAGUUUGCUGCUGCCCCCGCGUGGGGCCUGGGCCGGACCUGACCCCGACACCAUCGAGACUGUGUACAAGCCCUCACGGUUGUUCUCGCUGGAGGAUGAGCCGCGCUUCGCCGAGGAGAUCGACUACAGCGCCGAGAGCCUGGACGAGCAGGAAGGCGGAGAGGACGAUGUCGCCGCCGCCGCUGCUGCUGCGCCAGACGAUAGUGACGAGAACCGGUCACCACACUUGCUCACCGGUCGCAGGGAGUACUUAUAGAGGCGUGGCGGGUUCACGACCCCUCGGUCACUCUGCGGUGCUGGGGGUGGGGGGUGGUGGCUGGCUGUCUUGCUCCAUAAAGAAAGCCGCAGCCGAGGUUUAUUUAUAAAAUUGGUUAAUGUUGCUUGGUUCGUAAGUUUAUAUUUUAUUAAGGAAAUUAUUGUAAUUUUUUUUAUGUGUCCAGAACAUCAUUAAAAGCAAGAAAUGUGUGCUUACAGGGUAAUGCAGAAAAAUUACAGUUUCAGGUUCAUUGUAAAAUUCUAAUAUAUUUUGCUAACUCAUAUAAUUGAAAUAUACUCAUGUUAUUGAUUGCAUCAUCUAAAAAAUAGGAUGCACAAUAAUGGUGUUGAGACAAAGUAAAUACAACUGACACUAAGCCACAACGGUGGCUUUUUACAGAGCAUUAACAAGAAAGACUGGGCCACAUUAUGAUCAUUACAAUUAUUUCCAUAGUAAAAUGUUGUUCACAUCUACAAGCAGUAAUUGGAAUGAGAUACUGUACUUCAAAAAAUAUUUGGCAACAUGUGCAGAGUGUGGGCCCGAGAGCUGUGCAUGACAGUGCUUUAAAAUCCCAUCUCGUGCCUCUGGAGAAUGCACUAAAAGGAGCAUAGUGCUGUCAUGUAUAGAGACGUGCGCUAACGACAACUGAAUCUCACUAAAAGAGGUUAGUGUAUCCGAGACAUUUUAAAACAGAUGCCACUUGAAGCAAAUUGCAAAUAAUGUGCAUCAGACAAGCGGCCCUCAGAAUUUGCCACUCAAAACCAAAUCUGUAAAGCAAUGGGGCACAUUUCCAAGACAUAAAUGGUACGUUUUAAGUCAUUGAGGAAACUUUGACAGGUGUAUAGAUGGUUUCAUGCUUGCUUUAAUUGCCAUAAUAUGCUGUACAUGGAGGCUGUAAGCAUCCCAGAAAUAUAAAGUUAAAAGUACAUAACCGUCUUCUUGCCAAAAUAUAUUUACAAACCAAAUGAAGGGAAGGAGGAGCAAAUAAUUUUUUGUUCAUGCUUCACUGAACAUGAAAUAACGUGGUUGUGCAUGCUGAGAAAAGCAUACAAAUGAGAGGCAUAUCUUUAUAGAAAAUGUCCAAUUUAAGAGAGAUAGCGGAAGUCACUGAAGCCUUUAAAUCAUACGCAGGUUAAUGCUCAUUAAAAUCUUCAAAUUAAUAAGAACCUACAGGCUUGGAUGAAACGGAUCCACAUGAACACACAAUAAUUGCACCAAUAGUGCAUUUGCCAUUCCCUGCACAUCACUCGAUGGCAAGGCAAGUUUAUGAUGACUAUGAUUCAUCCUUUACAUUAAGUUGAAAUGGAAUACUUUUGGUCAAUAGCACUUUGUGCGAGGCGCAUGCGGCACGCUAGCCCAGGGUACUCGUAUGUCCCAGUAAAGAUUCUUUAUUUUGCAUGGUGUCCUCAUCUUGCCAGCUGCCCAAAUGUUCAAAGCUCCAGGCAGCUGCGUACAAAUCAACACCAUAUGAGGGUGCGCCCUAAUUUAUGGAGCAGGCACGUCAUUCGUGACUGCAGCCCUUGCAGUGGGAUGAAAGCAAUCGUAUAAUUAUAGUGGAAGUGUUACCUGCCGAGCACCAGACAUGGAAAACAAUUUAAAGUUGUGUGAUUUUGGCAGGCAAUCAAUACUUUUAGCAAGAUUAAAUUGAGCUCUAUGCAGACACACACACACACGUGUUGUAUUUACAAAUUUUCGUACAACUUUUGCGCACACCGUUCACUCACUUGAGCCUCUGUUGCGCCAUGCAAUCUCUUUACGUGGAAAUAUGAAGUAAUAUUUGUCCAUUUUUCUUUUUAUCUUCUCCUGAAUUCUCCUAGGAGGUUUCCGUUGGCUGUGCUAAUGCUGGAAAUCUGCCGUGAGAAAGGAAUGGAAUGUUUAGUGCAGCUGUAGCCCUCCUUGUAAAGCGUUUCCACUCAAAGCGUCAUGACCAUCAGUUCAUUACUGCCGCCCAUGGCAAAAGGCUCGUGCACAUCUGCUCAUUUUUUUACGAGGAUGCUUGCAGACGGCUAAAUGACAGCUCUUGAAACCACUUUCCUUACAUUACUUGACCUGACCUUAUUUGUUGUUAUGCUUAGGGUCUGUAACUAAUUUAACAUUGAAUGUUCUUGAGUCAAUUUUUAUGUCGACAACCAAAAACUCACAUAUUACUGCACUUUGUAUGCAUUCAUGUUAUCAAAACCGCAAAGUUGGGGGAUGGUAAAUAUUUUAAAAAACACAUGCAUGGUAACAAAUAGUGUAUUAGAUAGUCUAUGCUACAGGCAACGAGAGACUUUUUAAAGUCCAAUUACAUGAUUCAGAAUUUAGUAAUUCAUAUUUUUUCUUGAGGGAAUAUGCAAUAUUAUAGAUUGCCCAGUGGCUCAUGUGCUAUCUAUCAUUCCCCGUAUUUUUGGUUUGAUUGUAGCCCUCCAUAGGGAAGAUAAAUAUUUUUACUUGGUCUCUGUUUUGACGUGGUUCUCCCCCGCACUGGAGCCGAGUCCGAUGUUACACCUGGUACCACAUCUGUUCACACGAGACAGCUCUGUUCUUUAUAACCUCAGAGGCAGUAAGGGUAGGGUACACCGCUGCCUCUUUGCAUUAUCUUUGCUUUCUCCCAACGUCGGAAAAAGUUGGGGAAAGUAGGUAGCACAUUUCCAAGCAACACUUGCAUUUACAGCCAAAUUUGGCAUCUGUCUGUGACUGCCACCAUAAUCAAAUUCUUGUUAUUCUCAUUAAAUGAGUCAUGUAAAACGAGAGCUGGGGGCAAUUAUUUAUUUACCUACUUAUUUACCUAUUUAUCAACUUUUUCGUUAAGUGGUUGACAUUUUUGCACCCGCAUUUGGAGGUUUGUGGUGCAAUGUGUUUCUAUGUUCUGCAGAUUUACAAAAGGAAUGCACCGGUCGGUAUUCACAGAUACAGCUCGAUUCAAUGUCGCGUGUGAAAAAUAACAUGCAGUUACCCCCUGGUGUUAGCAGAGAUACCGUUUUCACAACUUUGGAACUGAAACUACCAUAAUUAGGCAAAUAAAUAUAUGGGCUAACAACUUGAACUUGAGGCUAGACGAUCCCGGGCCAAUGCUUAUAGUGGCACAGCACUCAAGCGUAAACCCACGCGAGAGAGUUGGGGUCUCACUCCAGUUGCCUAACUUUGGCCGAACGGUUCUGUACUUUGUGCCCAGCUAUCUGCUGCAGGUUUCUAACAACCACCAACGGUAGCAUUGUCAUUCACUAACUUUUGUAUAUAUCGUGUUUGCAGCAAUGUCUGCCUUUGCCGCUGUAAAAUGCACAACAUUCGAGGGCAUUUGAUGAUGUAAAGUAAGUUCGGUAUGGUUAAUGUCGAUAGUUGUGUAGUUGUAUGUGGAGGAAAAUUGUGGGCUUCUAAUCCCUGUUGCAGGGAUGCAAGGUGGUAUGCAAGCAAUCACAUGUGUUGGAUGGGUCACUUAAAUAACCCUGGUUGUUUCCCUCCUCUGUUCUGUAAGCACCAACUUUAGAGCAACUUUGUUUGGAGUCCAGAUGUACUAGUGUGAGCUCAAGCAAGGUGAUGGACAAUUGAUCUGCGUUUAACAUUCAUGCAUCAGUCGUUUGAGUCAGAUUUCCUUAUAACAUUCUGUACUGGUCAGUGGUAACUUCUGAUUCGAAAGAACGUUAACACCGCUGUUGCAAAUGUAUGUAUUGCAUUUUUAUUCAAACACGAUGGUGGAUGGUUCGGUUCAUUUCUUAUGGUUUUGAUUUAGAAACCCUUGGUAAGGUCAUUCAAACAUUUAUCUGUAAAGCAUGUGUAAAACUUGGAAUACACACACAUUAUAUAUCCUAUCAUUGAAACUCAAAAACUUUCAUAAUAUCAGAAAUAUGCAAAUAUUGUCAAUCUCAAACCAUGGUAUUAAUUCCUUGCUGCUAAAUAUAUUUGCAUGCCAUUUACCAUGCUUUAAAUUUAAUCAGAAUGUGAUAUUUAGGUUUGUCACAUCUGUAAAAACGGUUGUGUUAAUUGAGUUUUGUAUUUUCUUGCACACGGUUGCGUCAAGAGACGAGACAAAAUUACCAUCGGCUGAUAAAUCGUGAAACGAUCUGUUUUUCCCUAGUUACACUGACAUUUGUUUUUUUCUGUGUUGUCAUAAUAAAUGCAGAGAAUUUCACGAUGAAAAUGCAUGUAUACAAGAUGAGUAAUUCUCCACCUAUUGGUUGUAAAACAUUCACAGCUUGGUCAAGUUGCUUGGUGGCAGCCGUUAGCUUUAAAUUACCUGCUGUGGUGUUACAGCCAUUAAUUUCACGGUGUCUAAUUCAUCAGCAGCAGCAGCCUUUCAUUUUCGAAGAGAUUUUUUAAUUUACAUUUUUUUUAUAUCGGAUCAAAAAUGUUCUCGUGUCUUUGAUAUGUUCUGUGCAAAUGAGUUGUGCUUCAAUAAGGUACAACAAAAGUGGUCUUUUUAUUUUUUAUUUAUUUAUUGAAUACCUUUUACUCUUACAGCAACCAAAAUAUUGUGGCUCUGUAUCACGCGGGCCACAUUAAUGGGAAAGCAAGACAGGGGCGGUACUUUAUAAUUUAGCAUUGAUGAAUAAAACAUCAAAAUAUGAGUAAACGUCAAUAUCAUAAUUGUAUAUGUUGUCUAUAGACGCGGUGCCAAUUAUUUUGUGUAUACAACUUUUGCAUGGUUGCAUGACCUUUAAAAAAAUGUUUAGUUCAGCUAACUCAAAACAACCUGUUCUUUGAAUACAGAAUUGUAUCUUUCGUCACCCUAAACCGUAUUUUUGUUCACGAUCAAAGGUUCCAUGAGAUGCUGGAUAAUUAUACCCAAAGUUGGAAAUUUAAGAGCAGGUAAUGUCAGAAACUCGUUUUUUGGCAGUUUGUGAUGAUUAUUUACAAUAAAUAUUUAGUUUUUGUUUAAUGAUUACAUAUAUACACGUAAGUUUAUGAGGAGAUAACUUUUGAGUGCCUCGUAUCUGGCCAAUUAUACUGUUUUUCUCCUCUCCUGCUUUGUGCCCGAGUUAAGUUUACCGUCUAAAAAAAACGCAUCUUAAUUUAUGUUCUUACUAUAAUGCAUGCUAUUGCAAUGCAGGAUUGGUGAUUCAGUGUUAUUCUCGCAGCCGUAUAGUAACGUUUUCAGAAUUGUAGGUCUUGUUAAAAUCUCAUCUACAGACUGCAGUUGCCUGUAAAAGAACACCUAGACAUGUCCAAUAAUAUUGGCUCUUACAAGCUUCCCAGUGCAGUGCUUUUGUUGUAAUCGUGCUUUUGCUAUUCACGAAGCAAUCCUUAAAAAGUUUUUUUUGGGUUAGAUCGUGUAAAUUUACGUGCUCUCACCCAAAAAAAAACCUCAUUUGGAAUGCUUCAUGAAUGGAUAAUAUUGGUUUUGAAAGCAUACGUGUUCAUGAAGUAGUGUUCUUCCAACCGGUUAUAUUGGAGUGUCCCUCACACAGGGUGGUUGUUGAAUUCCACGGAUGUAAUUUUACGUUUUUGUUCAUGUAAAAUGUGUUCAAAGCAACCAUAUUCACCACAUUGUAGGUGUAUGUUGACGGAUGACAUGCAAUACUCUGGUCCUUGUGAACCCUCGGUAAAUGGCUAAAAUGUCCCACAUGUAGGGCACAGACUCCGUCUCCAGCAGAGCUCAUGCCUUCACAAGUCACGUCGGUGCUGACCCCUUGAUUGUUAUAAACGCUGGAUAUGUUGCAUGCACUCGUGGAUUUUUAUUCUCCCCUUUUAUACUGUCAUGUGGAUUCUUUCUACAUACAGUUGUGUACAUACUUCGCUGUUGAUCCGUUAAGUGCUGUAUUUUGAGUUUUCGUACAGCCAUAUGUUAUGGCAGAUCACAAAUUGUAAUGCUGCACAGCUUAUCAUUUGCCUGUGUUUCAGUAAUUAAUCUCGUGCUCAAUAAAAUAUAUGAAAAAUUGUU